AUGGAUCAUCAGGUAGACCACUUGGUCAACAAGGCCUGGGCAAAAUUCUGCUCAACACCAGACGACGCACGCCUAAUGAUCGCGAUAAGCGGGAUCCCAGGAUCCGGCAAAACAGGCCUGGCAAUCACAAUGGCUGCCCGAAUCAACAAAAUCCACGCCUCCGAAAACCCCACCGCACCCCCGAUCGCCAGCGCAAUUCCAAUGGACGGCUACCACCUAACACGCGCGCAGCUAGCAGCAAUGCCAGACCCAACAUAUGCCGCGGCGCGGCGCGGCGCAGCCUUCACAUUCGACGGUGACAAAUUCCUAUCACUGGUGCGGGCACUGCGGGAGCCGGUCACGAGCACAACGGCGGAUUUGCAUGCGCCCAGUUUCGACCAUGCGGUUAAGGAUCCCGUUGAUGAUGAUAUUGCGAUACCGGCGACGAGUCGGGUGUUGUUUUUUGAGGGGAAUUACUUGAGUUUGGAUGUCAGUCCGUGGAAUACUGCGGCGGGCCUUAUGGAUGAGCUUUGGUUUGUUGAGGUUGAUUUUGAGGUUGCUAGGAAGAGGUUAAUAAAGAGGCAUAUUCUGGCGGGAAUUGCGAGGGAUGAGGUUGAGGCGGACCGGAGGGCUAGGGAGAAUGAUUUGGUUAAUGGGCGGGAGAUUGUUGAUGGGAGGUUGCCUGUUCAGGAGGUUGUUGUUAGUACUUUUGAUCCCAGUUGGGAGGGAUUAUGA